AUGUCCUGCCCUCAAGCAUCCGCCGAGAACCAACAGGGAAUCCCAGGCGACCCAAGAACAGUCAAGAGCCAAGUCCUCGAGACAGGAGCCUCAAUGAUCCAAGACUUCACACCCGUGAAGCAAAUCUGCGCCCAUCUCAAUGCCUUCCACGUCUACGCCAACGACCCCAGACGCUGCAUCGAGGCCAACCACUACUGCACACAUCUAACAGAGGACGUACGACAAUGUCUAAUCUACGACUCCCCCGAGAAAAACGCCCGCCUCAUCGGCGUCGAAUACAUGGUCUCGCCACGAAUCUUCUCAACUCUCCCAGAAGAAGAGCGAAAGCUCUGGCAUACACACGAAUUCGAAGUCAAGAGCGGGAUGCUAAUCAUGCCUGCGCCGGCGGGAGUACCCAAGCCUGUAUGGGAGGCUGCGGAGACGGCAGAGAUGCAGGACGUUGCGCCAAUAUAUGGGAAGACGUAUCAUUUCUGGCAGGUUGAUCGGGGGGACCCUGUGCCCAUGGGUGCGCCACAGUUAAUGGGGAGCUUUACGUCGGAGGAGAGUGUGGAGUUGGCUAAGCCUGGGGGAUUGGAUGCCUUGCUUGGGGAGCGAGAUGCGAGGUUUGGGGUGGAUUAUCGUCAGAAGGCGAAGAAGAGGGAGGGGAUUGAGCCUGUUGAGAUACAUACGGAUGCCGAUGCAAUGUGGAAAUAA